GCAUCCCGACUUCAUUCACCCCGGAGAUCACAGGACCGCCAACAACUGACAUCAAACUCCUCUGGGCUGAGUGUUUCUCUUUUUUCGGUCAUUGGUGCCAUUUGCCUUUUCGUCCUCGUAUUCUGGACAGAACUGGUUAUUUCUGGACGUUUCAAUUUAAAGAUUUAAUCAAUUUCAAUGAUUUGCCCACAUAAAGUGCCAAGAUGCUCAAUGGCUGUAUGUGUAUGUAUGUAAAUGUGGGAUUUUGAACGGAUUGUACUGAGGACAAAAUGAUGGAUAUUGUUGGAUGUGUGAAUGUAAUAUUUCCAUUGGACCGCUGUUCUUUUGAUGCCAAAACGAAGAGCUGCUGGAGAUCAACUUGACCUCAAUUAGGUUUGAUAGUUUCAUGAGCUUUGGUGCUUUAAACUACUGGACAAUAGGCUGCGCAACUAUGAGCUUUUUCUUUGCAGCUCGGACUUAAACAGGCUUUACGCUCACUUUCAUAUUAUUUUGGAAACCAACUCAUCUCUCGCCUACAGUGACUUGCACUAAAUGCAGGAGCAGAACAAGCUUGGCUCCUCUCUCUAACCGCAUCUCAUUCAGGAGUUUAAACAUCAUCUGAAGUCGUAGACGCUCCUGACUCGCUCUUUCAUUGAGGUCGUGGUGGUGGCCAGUUCUCCCGAGGGAUGUUUCUGGGCUCCCGAGAACAGGGAGCGACAGCCCGGCUCCUGCAGUGGACCUUCGCCUCGUCCUGGUGCCUAUGCAGCGGAUCUGAGAGGAGAUGAGAGCUGCGGUAUACCACCUCCUCGCCGGCUGCCUCUGCCUGUUACGCACCGCUGCUGAGGAGUCUCCUCUCCCCCGGGAGCUGCUGGAGCGUCUCUCCCGCAGCGAGAUCCGCAGCAUCAGCGACCUCCAGCGGCUGCUAGAGAUAGACUCCGUAGAAAAUGAGGUGAUUGAGGAGACCAAACACAGCUACCACAAGGACUUCUCUCACAGCUUCCCCGACAUGAAGAGAGAACACACACACACCAGACACAGGAGGAGCACUGUAGUGGAAGAGGCCUUGCCGGCAGUGUGUAAGGUGCGGACAACGAUCUAUGAGAUCCCCAGGAGCCAGGUGGAUCCCACCUCAGCCAACUUCAUCAUCUGGCCGCCCUGCGUUGAGGUGAAACGCUGCACCGGCUGCUGCAACACCAGCAACAUGAGAUGCCAGGCGGCCCGCAAGCACCACCGCACGGUCAAGGUGGCGAAAGUAGAGUAUGUGCGGCGGCGGCCCAAGCUGAGGGAGGUGCAGGUGAGGCUGGAGGAUCACCUGGAGUGCAUGUGCACCAACAAACGCCACAUUAGCCCAAACUCAAACACAGACAAUGGCAUCAGGUGAAGAGAGAUGAACAGAUGGAGGAGCGGAGGACAGGAAGAGGAGGACGACCUGAAUCAGAAAACAAGGAUGAGCACCUUCAGCCUCUAACAUCUCCACCACACCACCUCCCAUCAAGUGACUGUGAAAAGUUUGAUAGAGAUUAUUUUGGCCAGCUUGGAUAACUGACUCACAUGGACCUCAACUGUACAUUGAAAGGUUUGUAAAACGAAGUUUCAGACACAGACAUGAACCGAACAGGCUGAUGGUUUCCUCGCUGUGAUUCCUCGAUGGAGAAAAGAAGCGAUUAGAUGAUGAAAAUGCAGAACACUGGCAGAAGUGAAGUGGAUUCUGGGAUAUCAAAGGACUUACUGUCUGCAUCUUGUUCUUUCUCUAGAGUGUAAACCGCUCAGCAACUCGGAUUAUAAACUGGGUUGAAUCCUUUCUAGAAACAGUGACUGGGAUUAGGUUUUUGUACUCCCAAGAUUUAUUCUUCCUCAGCAAAACACUCACACACAUGCACGUAUAUGCUCUUAUUUUUAUAACCUCCCAUUUGCUAUCACUGUCUGUUUCUACUUCUGGUAUGUUAUUCGCAUAAAGAAUGGAGGGGAAAAAAUCCUCCUGACAUGUUACUGAUACUAAUAAACUAUUUAUAUGAAAACAAA